CAAGCACCAUUUUUGUUUGUAUACUUCAAGCAGUUGUAUCCAACCUUGACAUAAUUUUAAUUUGCUAUCAGAAAUGCACUUCGUUCGGUUGUUAUCGUCCCCUACUUAGUUCACUGUGAUGGUUUCGUUACAGUCGAUAGACCACUAUGAAUUCAAGGAAAUAUUGGGAACGGGAGCUUUCUCAGAAGUCCGUCUUGCAGAGGAUCAGCGAAACCCUGGGUCAUUCGUAGCGAUAAAGUGUAUUCGCAAAAAGUACCUUUCUAAAUCUCAAAAUUCUGAAUGUGCUAUCAAGGAGGCUGAGUCACGCAAGGAGUCUCUUAAUAAUGAGAUAGAAGUACUGAGAAGACUCAGGCACCCAAAUAUUGUUCGGUUAUUUGAUGUCUUAGAAGACGCGGAGUGCUACUACCUUGUUAUGGAACUAGUUACUGGAGGGGAAUUAUUCGAUCGUAUUGUUCAGAAAGGUAGUUAUACUGAACGUGAUGCAAGUGCCCUUAUUCGACAAGUUCUAUUAGCUACUGAAUAUAUGCAUAGUCAAGGAGUUGUACAUCGAGAUUUAAAACCGGAAAAUCUACUCUACUUUAGUCCAGCUGAUGAUAGUAAAAUAAUGGUUAGUGAUUUUGGUUUGUCGAAAAUAGAAAACAAUGAGUCCAUCAUGGCUACAGCCUGUGGUACACCAGGUUAUGUUGCUCCUGAAGUUCUUAGUGUUAAUGAAGGCAGUUCCGGUUAUGGCAAAGAAGUAGACUGUUGGGCUAUUGGUGUGAUUGCAUACAUUUUAUUAUGUGGAUAUCCACCUUUCUAUGAUGAAAAUGACCAUGAAUUAUUUCGUCAAAUACGAAUGGCAGAAUAUGAAUUUGAUUCACCGUAUUGGGAUAAUAUUUCUGACUCAGCCAAAGAUUUUAUUAGUCAUCUACUCCAAAAGGAUCCAAAAAAGCGUUAUAGUUGUGUACAAGCUUUAGAACAUCCAUGGAUAGCUAGUAAUACAGCACUUGAUAGGGAUCUUUAUCCUUUUGUCAGUGAACAGAUACGUAAAAAUUUCUUAGCAGUAAAACGAUGGAAAAAAGCUUAUAAUGCAACAACAGUACUUCAUUUAUUACGUCGUCUUCAAUUAAAUAAAAGUAAUUCAACAGUAGAAAAAUCAACUAAUUCCGCUGAUUCUUUAUCUACAUUCACAUUUGAUGAAGAUAAACUAACAGAAAUACAAUGUCAACAAUUAAAAUCAAUUUCUAUUGAUAAACAAGAUAAAUUACCACCUAAAUUACAAACAUCUAGUUCAUCACCAUCAUCAUUAUCUUCACCAACUCAUCCUUCUGAAAUUAAACCAUUUUCAUUUAACAAUGUAACUAAUGAAAUUGAAAAUAUUGAAAAAAAUGAUAACAAUACAACUUAAUAUGAAUUAUAUUUAAAUCCUAAUAAAUAAUGAUUAUGAAUUAUUUUAAUUGAAAUAAUAGUUAGAAGUAUGAUUAUGAAACUCUUUGGGAAUCAAUGUUCUCAAUCAUAAAUUUAAAAAAAAAAAGAAUCUUUUUAUGUAAAUAUGUUUAUUUGUGGUGAGAAUAUUUGUGAGGUCCUAGUUACAUUUUCUUUUAACUUCUUUGUCUUGAGUAACAUUUGUUUUCCUCUUUUUUUCCUUAUUUUAUAAUUACAUUGUAUCUUUACAUUUUUAAUCAUAUAUACAUAUACAUAUAUAUGUAUGUAUAGUUCCUCAGCUUACAUCAUCAUUGAAAUGAAUUAUUACUUUAAUUGAUUUUUUUUAAUACCUAUUCAUUUCUAUUUCAUUCCUGCUGAGGAACAAAUAUAUAUAUAUAUAUCCUACAAAGAACUUGUAAAACUAAUUUAAAAUUCCAUUUGUUAAUUCACAUUUCAUUGGAAUAUCUUUCCAUUUUUGUUUUUCUAAAGUCAAAUUAGCACAUUACACAAAUGGCGCCAUUUUAUUCUUAUUAUUAAAUGAACACAUAUACACUUUCUUACAAUGACUUGAAAGAGAAGAAACUAGACAUAAAAAAAUUUGGAGGACAAUUAGUUAAUAUUACUGUGGAAUACAGUUAACCGUUUACUGCUUAAACGUUCCAACCACAUCUAGAUCUAUCUAUCUAUAUAUAUGCAUAUAACAGAUAUUUAUUUAUCUACUUUGUUUUUGGUUUUUUAUUAAUACUAUAUCUAAAUAAAACGUUAUGUUGUUUCUUUUUGCCUUCAUUUUUAAAAUAAGAAAUUUUGAAUAUAUAUAAAAUGGGAAAUUGUUUAUUCCAAUUAACGAUUUAUUUUCAUCAUAAUUCAUUUCUGUUUAUUUAUUAACACUUCGAUUGUUUUCAUUAUAAUUUUUAUUCCCCAUUUGAACGUAUUCAUAAAUAGUUUAUAAUAAUAAUAAUAAUAAUCAAAUCAAUAAAUGAAUUGCAGCCUUCUUGUUGUUACCAAGGAAUAAUAAUAACAACGACAACAACAAUGAUGGUAAUAAUAAUAAUGAAUCGUGUUACGUUUUCUUUUGACAAUUACUAUUCAUCUUAUGCUUUUUUUUCUUUUCAUUCACUCAUUUUAUUUGUCAUUUAGGUUGAAUUCAUUCACUUAUCAAUGAUUAUUAUUACUAUUGUUUGUUUUCAUUGAAAUGAAUUGUUUCCAUAAGGAAAUGAGAAGAAAAAUAAAAAAACCCCACGAAAUAAACGAUCGAUAAUUAAAUAUCAUUGUUUUUUUUCCCUUUAUUUUUUUGUUUGUUUGAUAUUUGAAGUCAACAACGCUUUUAUCAUUGUUUAAAUUGUUUUUAGUAGAUAUACAUAUAUCAAUGGUAAAUAUGAAGAUAAAUGGAUCAUAUACAUGAUUGGUUUAUUUAGUUUAUUAAGGUGGUUUACUGAUGAGAAGAAAAUUGUUUUAUCUCAAA